GUCAAGAAAUCUAAUUGGAUUUUUCUCAUUAUAUGUGUCUUACCGUCAAUUUAUUAUUUAGCUCAUUUGCACGAUACCUUGCUCUUGCUUGCUUGAUACUGUUAGAGUGUGGGUACUGUAAUGCGGAAUGUGAUGAGAAAAUUUGGAUGGAUUCCUUGUGUAACAGUCGUAGCUCUCAAAAUAUUACAUUGACCCCGCGCUUUUUCUCACUCUAAUUUUGACAACUGACUUCAUUUUCAUUUGAGCGAAGAUUUUCGGCGAACUGUUAUUAUUACUAUAGUAUUUUGAAUUUUUUUCUAAUUUAAAUCACGAAUCUGUUAUUCAAAAAUAAUUUAAGACUAUAAAACAGUCGGAUUCCAUACAUAUUCAGUUGAAAAUGGAGAAAGAUAAAUCGUCUCAAGCGGUGACUAUUCAACGAGGGAAUACAAAGGAAUCGGAUACAAAAGCGAGUUCUAUUGGCUCUAGAAUAUUUGAGAAAUCACAAGACUCAAGAAUAAUACAAGAAGUCUCUAAUUCGGAAGAAUCUGAAAGUGAUCAUAACUAUGAUUUUGAGAAAAAUGGACCAAAGAGACUAACUGCAUAUCACAACAAAGAAAUUACUAAAAAACCUCGUGUUGACUCUGAAGACCUUAUAAAUGAUCUCGAAGAAUAUUAUUUGACAAUCACAAAUUUCCCAAAGGAUUGGAAAUUAAAAAUUAUUUGGAUAGAAUGGAGUGUUCCGUUUUAUACCCUGUAUAUGGGUUUCAGGGGCAAUAAAUUGAUCUUCCUAGGUAUCAUUUUUUGCUCGGCCAUCCAGUGUGGCCACAUUGAUGAGAUGCAGAUCUUACGAAGGAAAAGAAGAUCAAAAAUCUUUGCCAUAAGACUUACUUUCCAGAGCUUUGAGAAAUGUAUAGAUGUGCUGAAGAAAUUAGAUAAAGUUAUAGUCAUGGGAAAUGUACUGAAAGUGAGGAUAAGUGAGUCAUACAUGGCUUAUUCUGUGGACUGUUCUGGAGUUAACCUGGUGGAUGAUGAUCCUCGGAUUUUUAAAUCUAAAGUAGCUGCAAGCACUCAGUGGAGACCACUUGAUGACUUUUGGGGCAGAGACCCCGAAGGCCUGUAUGGUCUGAAACCAGAAUUCUUGCAGUGCCUGAAUAUAAAGCCACCACUGAGUAGAAUCGUUCACGUUACUAAUUUCAGAUGCGAUAAAACUGAAUUAAGAGAAGUAAUGGAGAUGGCGGGUACUGUGACAAUGAUAAGCGUUGUUUAUACGAACCACAAAUACGCCAAAGUCGUCUUCAGCCAUCCUUUAGAAGCUGUUCAGGCCAUUUCUAUGUUGGAUGGACAGUUGUAUUAUGGACUUCCUCUAAAGAUUAUGAUCGAUAGGAACCCCCCUGAUAUCAUUGUGAAGCCUAAAGGCCUUGCUGGGGUUGGUCAGGGCUUAGGAUUGCGCGGAGUACCGCUACGGAACAUCGCACAUGAAUACCAAAGAUACUUAAAUCAUCAAGAAUCUGCGAUAAACCCUGUGGUGUUUGCAAACAAGAGUAAAGGAAAACUUGAAAAAGAAGAUAGCAAAGAGGUUGUAAAGGCAAUUGCGGAGAUUUUUAAAAUGCCGCCCGCUUGUAAUGUAAUUAAUUCGACAGUACCAACUGUGCCUAUGGUUGUUAAUAUUGAUGACUUGGAAUGUCCUGAGUCUGAUUCCGAUGGCGGUAAAGAGAGAUCCAAAGCCAGUGGUGUUGUUAAAGGAUCUGAUAAUCAGAAAUCUUCAAAGGAUCGCAAAGAUACAUCUAAUGGGUCUUCUUCUGUUAAGUCAUCUUCUCCAAAGAAACCAAAUUAUAGUGUUACCGACAUAAUGCCAAAUUGUAUGAUUAAUUCUUGCAUCUUUAAUCCUUAUUUUCGACCUGGUCCAAAUGAUAGGCCUCGGUUCUAUCAUCCCAGCCCUUAUGGACCUCGGUUACCCUACCCUAUGGGUCCUCCACCAACUCAUAUAAUGCCACCGAAUUUGAAUGGGCUCCCACCAAAAGGAAAUGUGACUGUGAAAUUUUCUAAUCUUCCACCGUCCACGACGUUUCCACUACUGUGUGAACAGUUGGCCCAGUGUGGCCAGGUAAUGGUGGUACAGUUGACUCAGCCAGGAUGUGCUGUGGCCACGUUCGGACAUCCUUCACAAGCUGAGAGAUGUAUUAGUAUCCUUUUUAAACAGUAUUAA